CCCUGAUCAUCGGCGUUGAGCUGCAACUUUCCUCUCCUCUUGUUUCUUUUCCUUUCCCCGUCGCUGUAUGAGCUCAGCGACGCCGCCGUUCUCGGGCACGCCGGCUAAGCGUUGGGAAGGGACAGUCCAGGCUUCAGCGCUAUUUCCGCGGUGGGCAUCUGAGCUGCCUUGGGGACGGCGCUGCUUCACGGCCCACAGAACAGGAUCGUUUUGAACACCAGUUGGUAGAAUUUCCGCAGAUCCGGCAGCAGAAGUAGCGGCUUUCACAUUUAUUAGCGGGUCUAAAACGAGUCUGUCGUGUGCCCGACUUUCGGUGCUAAAGUUUUUAUAGAGCACCUGAGAGUUACCAAAAUGAGCCUACGGAAACAAACUCCAAGUGAUUUCUUGAAGCAAAUCAUAGGAAGACCAGUUGUUGUAAAAUUAAAUUCUGGAGUUGAUUAUCGAGGUGUACUGGCCUGCUUGGAUGGCUAUAUGAAUAUUGCCCUGGAACAAACAGAAGAGUAUGUGAAUGGACAAUUGAAAAAUAAAUAUGGAGAUGCCUUCAUCAGAGGAAAUAAUGUUUUGUAUAUAAGUACACAGAAGAGGAGAAUGUGAGCAUAUCUGAAGAUGGAGUAUUUCUUAUUAACUUUUGUUAAUAUUGUUUAGUUUAUUCCUUCUGUUGUAAAGUUAUAUGACCUGUAUGGAAGGGUAGUUUUUUUAAAUGUUAAAACAAAAUGGAACAUUUUCCUAUUUCAAUAUUGUUUGUAUUAUAAUUUGGAAUGAAAUAAAAAUGGAAAACAAUA